CUGGGUCAUCACAAGUACACAAAGAAGAAACCAGGGCGGAACCUUUGUUUCGGGAGCUCAGUCCGGCGGAGCGGAUUCUGCGUCGCACCACAGUUACAUGUUCGUGAUCGAGCCGGAAGCUUCGAGUUACUCAGGUGAGUGUCCCUGCUGCUGCAGCUUCAGGUGUGGACUGACCAGGACCGACCAUGCUGCUCUCUCUCCUGCUGCGUCCGUCCCUCCCCCCCCCUCACGUCUCCACACUGUUGGCUCAAUGCGUCCGGACAUUGCGGUUUGAUGCCGGCAGGACGCUGCACUCUCAGACCGAACACUUCCUGCGGCCAAGGCUCGCACCGCGCUUCCACAGCCGAGGAGUCAAGAGCAGAGGCAGGAAGAGCCGGGGCCCGGAGGACGACUGGAAGAGCAGGAACAAGACGGUGCUGACCUACAUCGCUGCAGCCGGGGUGGGGAUGAUCGGCCUGUCCUACGCCUCCGUGCCGCUCUACAGACUCUACUGUCAGGCGGCCGGGCUCGGCGGCACGGCGGUGGCCGGCCACGACACGAGUUUGGUGGAGACGAUGACGCCAGUGAAGGAGCGUGUCCUCAAGAUCACCUUCAACGCAGACACACACGCCAGCAUCCAGUGGAACUUCCGACCGCAGCAGACGGAGAUCUUUGUGGUUCCCGGUGAGACAGCGCUGGCUUUCUACCGAGCCAAGAACCCCACAGACAAACCGAUCAUCGGCAUCUCCACCUACAACGUGGUUCCCUUUGAGGCGGGGCAAUACUUCAACAAGAUCCAGUGUUUCUGCUUCGAGGAGCAGCGGCUGAACCCACACGAGGAGGUGGACAUGCCCGUCUUCUUCUACAUCGACCCAGAGUUUGACGAGGACCCGAGGAUGGCCCGAGUGAGCACCAUCACCCUCUCAUACACCUUCUUCGAGGCCAAGGAGGGCGACAAACUCCCUCUGCCCGGAUACAGCUACAAGUGAGCCAAGGACCCCCGCCCCCCCGAGGGGACGGAGUGAGACCUGAACCAGGACUCCUUUCUUUGACACCUAAGCUUCAACCAGAGACUUUGAAUAGAGACGACGACGCGUCUCCACUUCCUCCAGAAAUGAAGCCAGAAUAUCUCCGAUGCCAUGUUCUGGUGAAAGUUUUUGUUUUCAGCGUAGAAGAUUUUUCAAUAGUAGUUAUUCACAGCACAAUAUAUAGAUUCCAAGAUUCCUUUCUUUCAUGGACCACACUCGUGUUUUCGGCCUCAGUGGAAGAGAAAAGUCCUGAACUGUUUCUGGACGAGACGAAGCCUCGCGCUGCUGAUUUGAUUCUGGGUGUGAGACACUGUUAUACUUGAUAAUGAUUAAAUUAUUGUAUAGUUGAUUGAUUAAUUGAUAAAGACUGAAGGAAAAUCAAUAAAUAUGACUGAUGCAGAGAUUUAACUUGGAUGAAGAUGUGAAAUUGAGUGGUUCAGAUUUGUUGUCUCUUCUUGAGACUGUAUCUGCCUUGUGUGGACACCAGGGGGCAGCAGAGGAGAAGCGCUGUGUAGUUAGCCAUAAUUCUAUUGAUUUAUCUGCUGAUCACUAGAACAGUGAUUUAUAACAAACUUUUUCUUGUUUAAUGUGGCCUGUAAUCACAAUAUACAGUCUCAUUUCAAAUUAAUGUAUUUAUAUUUAUUAUCAUUUUAAUAUAAAAGCUGGUAACCAAUCAAUAUUCUUAUUAAUUUGUAAAAACUGUUUAUGUAAAAAUACUUUUACAUUACUUCAGUAUAAAGCUCCUCUCUCAUGCUCUUAUUUGUACCUGUUAAAGGGUUUUUAGUAGUUUGUCCUGACUCUUGCUGAGGGUUAAGGACAGAGGAUGUCUCACCAUGUUAAAGCUCUAUGAGACGAAUUGUGAUUUGUGAAUAUUGGCUAUACAAAUAAUUGUAAUAAUUAUUAUUAUUUGUUUCUGGUUAAAACUCAAAUCCUCAACGUUGUAAAAGUUUUAAACGAAGUUUCGAUCACGUCCUUUGACAAAGGUUUGAAGUGAGCAUCUGCGGGUCUGUGCUGCCCUCUGCUGGACAACAGGACCUCAGCUGUCGCUCUAUCGUCUCCUGCCCAUGGACACAUGGUCAAUAACACACAUGUUUACGUAUAAUAAACACUAAGGACACUGUAUUUUUGCACAUAGAAAACAAAGACAUCCUUGUGUCUGAGAUGAAGUUGAACACUUUCUUCUUGGUGAUCAGUUGUCAGCUCAUCAAACUGAAACCCGUCUUUCAGACACAAACAGCUGCUGAAUGUUUACAAUCUUUGAAAGUAUUGUAAAUAUGAAUGUUUGAUGAUGGAGAACUUGUGGGUCUCUGCUGCUGACACACGAGGUCUGAGCUGUUUAUCAGAUGCACCUUAACAAUAAAUCUCUUACACACUUUC